AUGGCAGCGACGAUAACAGCGAUUCCAACGCCAGAUUUGAGCCAUUUGAAGAGAGACGACUGGGAAAGAGUUUAUGAGCCGAGUGAGGAUACAUUCGCCCUCCUCGAUGCACUGGAAAUGGACAGCGAGUGGAUCAAGAGCAGCCAGCCUAAUGUGGUAUUUGAGAUUGGCAGUGGGAGUGGGUGCGUCUCUGCGUUUAUAGCCUCGAUAUUGCACAGUCGCUGCGUCUACUUUACCAGCGAUAUAAACACACACGCUAAUCAAGCAACGAUUUCAACUGGGGAUUUGAAUGGGUGUAAUUUGAAUACCAUAAACACCCACUUACUCAAUGGUACGAGGCUUGAUGGAGCUGUAGACAUACUCCUGUUCAACCCCCCCAUGGUCUGGUGGGAGCUACGGGAUGGAUCUUACAGAGCGGGUACUGUCAGAUCUACCUAG